AUGGUUCUUUCUUAUAGAGUCUAUCAAAAGCCCAAAUUAAGUGAUUUAAAGAGACUGGAAAAUUCAUUGUUAAAGCCAGAAUUAAAUGUUUAUAUUGAUCCACUAGAAUUAAAACCUUGGGAAAUUAAAACUACAACAAAUGUUACCACCACGGAAAAAUUAAUCGAUCAGUUGUUAUUUCAAUGUAACAGUAAUGAUCCAUGUAUCCGGUGUCAUUCAAAUGAAAUGCCAAAAAAGGGAAGCAGGAAAACAAAAGAAUUGAUGAAACAGAAGAAGCUAGACUAUGAAACUGAUCCAAAUGGUACAUAUUUGAAAGAGCUUAUGUAUGAGGGACACAAUUUGCUAUUGUUGCCGGGCGUAACACCAGCAGAUUUUGGAAGAAAUGUAUUAUCUGAAUUAUUCAGUGAUGAUGAAUUGGCUACACAUACAAUGCCAUCAUUACAUCGUCGUAAACGUCGACCAAGUGAUCCACCUUCACUUGAUGCCGAUAAAAUCGACAUCUUAAAAAGUAAGCUAUGUUUUUUAACGCAAAUUUAUUGCUCUUGCCAAUGAGUAGGCGGAAGAACAUCGUAGCACAGUAAACAUUUCCAUAGAGCAUAUUAAGAAAAAAAGAACUCUUUGAACUAAAUGAAGACAUUUUUGAUAGCAGAGCGUUACGGUCAUUCUGAGUUUAACUUUAGACGACAUAGUCUUUGCUCUAUCUAAAUAUGGUUAGGUUGAAGUUCUACAGUUACAAUGGUCCUAUAAAAAUGUUCGUUUUAUUGUUUUGCAGGUUUUUUGGCUGCAGUUUUAGAAAACCACGUACAGUAGGAAUUUGCUGCUUUUCGAAUUCCAUGUCUUUCUUCAAGUUUUGUUAUGUGUUACAAUGCACUAUACUGAAUGCAGAGGCUUUUAACGGCGGCGGUACUUCUCUGUAACCUUUAACAGUUGUUCUUACCAAAAUUAUGGUGUAACGAAGAAUGUUUUGCAAAAAAUCCGAAGACUUAGCCGAUUUCAUGAAACAUACAGGUUGUAUUCUAUUGAGAAAUUGUUUAGAUGCUUAAUGCAUAUGUGCUUUUUGCUUUUUCUCGUCGACAAUGGUAGAUAUGAGAGUUUUUUUUCCGCACAAUUAGCAAAUUCAGUCCGUUUCCUCAUAACACUCACAUUUUAUUACGUGACGAGUGCCAGAAUCAGGCGUUUUCGCAUUUUUUUGCUCAAAAUAAUCCGACAAGCUUUUAUCGGUUUAAAACAGUGCUUACACACAAGCCUUCACAAAAACUAGACUAAAGAGCAAGCACCUGGUGCUGGACAAUGCCUCAACGAUGUUUGUGUCUGCCGCCAUAUAAACAACUAUAUACAGAUAGAGCGAAGACUUUCCUAUCUAAAAUUUAAAUCGACAAAAUCGAAUAGAUUUUGCGCCGAAAUGUUUUUUUUGUCUAACUGGACCCAUAUGAAGUCGAAAUAGAUUUGGCUGGAGUUUUCUUGCAGACGAGUUGAAGAAAAAUCUUUUUUGCAAGUUACUUAUUAGCAUAAGGACAUGACUAAUUCGAAAAUAUCUCUUCUCAGGUCUUUUCCGUU